AUGGGCUGCCUCAGCCACCGAAAAAAGGAAACCCGGCAGUAUACCGACCAGAAAUGGGACUACAUCAACCUCUCCGACUUCAAGGCCAAGGGAUGCGGCGCCAUCUUCGCCUACAUCACCCUCUGGAUGGGCCUCAUCAUCUCAUUGGCCGUCUACGGAGUUGAUACCUUCACUGCCGUCCAGCUGCUCGUCUUCAACCGAUGGUCGUCCGAGAUCGAGCCCGCAAUUCCCUUGUCCGUCUCCAGGUGGAUCUUUUCCGGCUGCAUCAUCUUGUCCUUUAUCAACCUGGGCUUUGAAUGGGUUCGCGCCGCUCGCAAGAUCAAGCGUGGCAAUGUUGCCGAGGUCUACCUCGACAGUCUGGCUGUGCGCUGGGAGUCGAUCCGUCUCGGAUCUGGCCAGGGGUUCAAGCGCUUCCUCGUUUUUGGAGAGCUCACCAAGAGUAAAAAGGGCGUCGAAUAUAUCGCCUUAUUCACUUAUUUCAGCUUUCAGUCCUGGAUCCGUGUCCUGUUCUGCUCCAGCCCGCGACAGGUUGUCAAUGCCCUGACGCUCAGGUCUGUCUACAUGGCAAAGCUCGCCGUCAGCUCAGACUCUGUCGAGGGCUCACUUUCCGCCUUCUUUGACAAGAUCAAGACGCUCGCGCAGCAAGACUUUCGUCAGGCUGCCAUUCUCGGCGGCAUGUGCUUCACGGUCGUCGUGUGGGUCUUUUCGGCGCUCUACUUGAUCUCCGCCGCCCUCUUCUACGUCUGCUUUCUCUUCCACUGGAUUCCCCGUUCCGAUGGCGGCCUUACGGGCUACUGCGAGCGAAAAGUCAACAGCGCUCUUCUCAAGAUCGUCACCAAGACGGUCAACCAGGCGCUCGCCAAGGGCCAGGCAGACAGGAUGAAGAGAGCCAUGACCGAAAAGGGCGACGCGCACCCUGACGCUUCUCUUCCAACUCUACCCAACGUCAACCGCCUGUUCACGUCGCAACAAGUCGGCGUAACUGCACCGUUACCCGCCUACACUUCGAAUCCAGGAACUCCAGCCGGCGACUUCAAGCGACAGAUGCCCCCGCGCAGCAUGACGGGAGCUUCGACCAUGAGCUACUCCUCGCGGGCUCCGCUCGUUAACUCCGCGGCCGAUAUGGGGUAUACGCACACGCGAUCGGCCUCGCCCGAGAACAUGGCCCCAACCGUGCCAUAUCUGCAGAGGACGGCGACGGGGGGGUCGAUGAGAAGCAAUGGCACUCCACCGGAUCUGAGCCAUAUGCGCAAUGGCUCAAACUCUUCGUACUAUCAGCCGCGCUCCCAAAGCCCUCCGAACAAUGGGCCUCCGCUGGACAUGAGCCAUACACGCGCUGGCUCAAUAUCGUCGUCAUAUUAUCAGCAGCCUUAUUCUCAAAGCCCGGCGAGCAUGGGCCCAGCGACUGCGUCACCAAUGUAUACGCCGGCCGCAAGGCCCAUUCCGCCGCGUGCCGACUUCAACAACUAUGGUCAGAGCAUGCAAGACGACAACCGAUCUUUGCGUGGCCCGCCACCGCGGUCGUACACCUUUAACAAUGAGGGUCGAUCCAGCCCAGCGCCUUCCGCGGCGGGUUCGUCAUAUUCCAGAGCGCCUCAGCCGCUUGUGAGAAGCGCGACAAAUCAGGUUCCUCUGCGAGGACUGCGGUUCGCUCCUCAGAGGCAAAUGACUGAGCCCAUGUCCGGUUCUACGCCGACUGAGAGCUAUUACAGCGGAACUGGACCACGGAUGCCGCCAAACCGACAGCUAUUGCGUCAAAGCUCACAGGACUUUCAUCAGCCCCAGAUCCAGGCUCCGUAUGGGGCCAGCUAUAGGUACGAUGUUGAGGCGCAAAACGAUGGUAGAUAUUAGAGAUAGACUGCCUGUUAAUCUGUCCGACCGGUUCGGAACUGAAAACUCUCUCUUCUUCUUGACCGCGAUUUUCACCACGAUCUACGAUACAUGUAAGGCGCAAAAAUAGGGCUGAGACGAGGGAUCUGCGGACAAUAUACCCAAGUGACAGGAUUGGGUUGGGUAAAGGUAUAAUAUCAAGAAAGGCGAAAUGGAGCGAAUCUGCUGUACUAUCACAACAAGAGGAACCUUAGUGAAC